GUUUUCCACAUUUAAAUAUUUUAUUAAAAUUCGAUGCUUUACAAUUUUUUAAUGUUAUUAGUACUUGUGCUGAUGCUCCUGUAUUUGCUAAAUGUGAAGGUCGACUUAAACGUCUGGUUGAUAUGCUUAUUUCUAAAUGCGUGGAAGAAGACGAUGAGGAGAAUGAGGAUAUAGAUUUAAUAAAUGAGCUUGGUCCUUUACUUAUUACUUUUAUUAAUGGAUUAUUACAGAAGGGUGCUAUCCCAAAGGAUAUUUAUUUGUUUACAAAGUUAAUUGAACGUGUUUUUCUACGCCGUGCUUUUCCAAGUCUUCGUGUUCAAAAAGUUGCCGAACAAAGUGCUGUAGAAUUAUUAAGACUUGUCCCAGAAAUUGACUUGGAUAAAGUCUUGGAAAUAGCUCAACCUGUACCAUAG